CAUGUGACCAGGCUCCGGUACUCGCGCGCGUGCCGCCGGUGUACCACGUGACCAGGCUCAGGCGUUCUGUCAGAUUUUCCCUACACCGUGCACGCACUCACACACAGCUUGGAACCCGGGUUCGGCUCUGACCCGCCAAUGGUUUGUGAACUACACUUCCCGGCAUACACCGCGUGACAUCAGUUCCUGUUCCCUGAAGGCGGCUUUAGGGGCGGAGCCGGUAGUUGUCUGGGACCUGUCUGUAUAUAACAAUCAGCAGAGCAUCUUAUAGACGGCCUCUCACAGAUAUGACCAAGCUGGCUGAAUGGCUGCUGGGGCUGACUCUCCUUGGAGUAGUGUGGGCCACUCUGACGUUUGACCUCUUAGGCCUGGAGAUUCCCGAGCCAUGUUGGCAAGUUAUCUGGCCCUUUCCGGUCUACCUUCUGGUAACAUUCGGUUGUUACUCCUUAGCCACAGUUGGAUAUAGAGUGGCUACUUUUAAUGACUGUGAAAGUGCUGCGCAGGAGCUACAGCGGCAGAUUAAGGAGGCAAAGAUGGACUUGACCACCAAGGGCUUCAGAUUUUGACCAGUACAUGAUGCCUGGUUACUGGAACCAAUUCAAUAAGGACACUGUGAUCUUCCAAGGGUUAAUCGGGUGCUCACUGUGACUGGAUUCCUCAUUUGUAUUAUCCCAGAUGAUUGUACAAUCUGUUUGGGAUGGAGCUCUGAACAGUGGAUUCUUUCAGGACCAAACAGUUAAUGAAGAUCAGAUAGUACUGUUUGCUGUGUCUUUCUUUUUGGGGGGGUUGGGAGGUUCUUGGUAAGAAGGUAAAUGGAAUGCCUUUCUCAGAGAGUGGGUAAAUACUGUGUCAAUCAUUGCUGUGAAAUGUGUCAGUCAUCAUUUUGUAUCCCUCUUAAACAUGGUGUGCAGACCCUAGCAGCUAUAGAUAGGGCUGCGCUCGGAGAAUGAGAGAAAGUGAAACUAAGACAAAAGAUGAUCUUAAAAGCUUGCAAUCUAGAUUGGGGAAAUGAAUAAAUAAAACACAUGGAGGCUCUGCUAAAAGCUAACAAUCUAGAGGGGAUAGAGAACAAAUGGCACAUUUGUGAUGUUAUUUAAUAAUGUAAAAAUUACAAGUUUUAAAUUUAAUGUCAUAAUAGCUGAGCUUGUUCUUCCAGUUUGAAUUUUUUGGCCUUAUAAUUUUAAUUUCACUUUUAAUUUCUGACACUUGUUGAAUUAGUGAAUAAAUCUAAUGGCGUAGACAGCCCCAGUAUCAGGAAGUAUUACUUUACUGAGAGGGUAGUGGAUGCAUGGAAUAGCCUUCCAGCUGAAGUGGUAGAGGUUAACACAGUAAAGGAGUUUAAGCAUGCGUGGGAUAGGCAUACAGCUAUCCUAACUAUAAGAUAAGGCCAGGGACUAAUGAAAGUAUUUAGAAAAUUGGGCAGACUAGAUGGGCCGAAUGGUUCUUAUCUGCCGUCACAUUCUAUGUUUUUAUGUUUCUGCUCAAAGCUUUAAAUCUAGAAGGAACGAGGGGCAAUUUAAACACUAACAAUGGUUCUCACUAAAGUCUGAAUGUCUGUGGUGCGGAUUAGCAACAAAAUAAUCAAGGAAUGGCCAAGGGCAUCUGGAUUGCAAAUUCCAGACCUUGUUCCCAAAAUUUUGCAAUGUACGAAGUUUGCAAUACUGCCUCCGUAUUACUUAGAAACAUAUAACAGAAGAGUUGCUGGAAUCUGAAAACGGAAUUAUAGAAAUACACCAUGGAAUGCUCAGAUUAAACAGAAUUGCAAAUUCAGUUCAAAUGAAGUUACA